AAAGGACACAUUUGCCAAGUAGGAAAUUGCAAGGAAGGAAAAAAAAAAUGGAGAGAGGAGAAAAAGAAAAGAAAAGCCCUAAAUUAAUGGAGAAGUUUAGGGUUUAGGGUUUAAGAUUGGUUCAGCAAAAAAAUCAACGCUCUCUUUAAUUCUUCAAAAAUUCGUCAAUGGAGUCACUGCUAGAGCUUAAAGAGACGAACAACAAUGCCGACGAUAAUUACAAAUUAGUUCCAUGGUUGAAUUGGGAAGAAUGGGAUUUCGUCAGAACUUCUUUUUUCUCAUCUUCUUCGGAUUCCGUCGCCAAAUCACUUCGUAGAAUAGUAGCGUGGCGAAGCAGGGGAUGUUUACCAGUUGAAAUUGAAAUUACAGCUUCGAUUGUCGAAAUUCAGCAAAAAGAUCCCUAUUUUAGAGUGGAUUUGAGUAAUGGAGGUUCAGAUUCAGAGGAAAUGCUGGCUAUGCUUUACACUAUGGCGAUUAUGAGGCUGGUGAAUGGUGUCAUCGAAAAAUCACGUCAGAAAACAAAGUCAAUAGCUGCGGCAGCUGAAGAAAUCAAAAUCCCACGCAUGCUAAUUGAUAUUCGUCAUGAGGGUUCCCAUCGGGAGCUUCCUUCCCUUCGGUUGCUUCGUCUGGCCUCAGUUAAGGCACUUGAUUGGUUGAAAUGGUAUUAUUGGGAUCCUCAGAAUCAUGCAAUUCCAUACCAAGGUGGCAAAAGUACUAUCGUUAGAAAGGAAAUCAGGUCCAAAUUAUGUGAAAUGGCAUAUAUGCUGAAAGUCAAGCAGUACUCUGGAUCAAGUUCCCCACAAGUCAAGGGAAACAGUGCUAAACGCCUUGAACUUACGGUAGGUGCUACUAUUCAUGGGCGCAAUAAAUUUUUCUGUCUUGUGGCUAGCAAAUUUCAACAAUCUAAAUUUGUAGGAUCUGAGAAGCAGAUAACUAGGACUUUGAAAAACCUUGUUCGGUUGUAUUCUUUCUUCUCAUCAGAUGUGGUGUAUGUGUUGCUGGAGUUCUUACUUGAUGCAUCAAACUCAACAGAUUUAAUGGAUUCUCCAGACAAAGUUCAGAUAAAAUUGAGCUUAAAUGAUACGCAGGCUUUAUUUGAUGAAUGGAAACCUGUGAUAAGGAAGGUCAGCAAGAAGGAACCAGAACUACUUCUGAGCCUUUUAAAUGCAGUCCUUGAUAUGAUCGAGUCUCGAAAAAUCACUAAAGACGAUUUUGGAAGUGAACAUUUCAGCCUUUUGCAGUACGACUCGGAGAUGCAGAGAAUUGGAGUUCUUUCUUCGCUUUUUAUGCAGCUAGUGCUAGUUUUCAAAGGUCUAAAAAUAAUUCAGCAUGAAGGUGAAGGAAGACAAAUAGAUCCUGCAGGCUGCCUUCCUAAGACAUCGCUGGUUGAACUCGUGAGGAGAUGCCUUCUCAUCUCAGAUCCUGAUAAUCGCAAUCUUCUGGAUUCGGCCAUGCUGCUGACAGAAAUGGUUAGAGAUGGCUAUUUGAGUGUGAGACUUGGCAAACUUUCUUCGCUCACUAAGUUUUACCCAAGAAUUGUUGAAGGUGGUGCUUUAGAUGUGAAUCCUAAUUAUCUUAUUCAGGAAGAGUACAUUCGUGCAGCUGCAAAGAAGUUGGAGUUGGUUAAGCAUUAUAAACUUAAAAAGGCAAGUGUUUUGAGCACCCGUGAUGACAUUAUGGAAGAUACAAACAUUUGGACUACUGCUAAAUUGUGGAAGCCAUGCCCUAUAGGGAUGUUGCCUCGUGCUGUGGGUUCAUCAGGAUGUUUACCUGCUCUUGAUCAUGGCAUUAAUUGCGAAAUAAAAGCAGGUUUGAAUUCUAUGGACGCCGAGAAACAUCUAGAAUCAAAGCAUUCCAGUAAAAGGGAAGCUAGUUGUGAUAUUGAGACAAUGAAUGACUCGAGCACUAAGAGGAUGAAAGAGACGCAGAAUUCAGAUUCCUUUGAGGCAGAAAAUUCGAGUGCUAUCACAGCGUUUGACAGGCUCAAAGGUCAACUUUUGAUUAACGGGAUUUGGCAAAAAAUAAGGGAUCAGGAGCUACAAGACAUCAAAUCCCAUAUUGGCAUAUUAGUGCCUAAGAGAAUUAGUUGAGUUGUGGUCUUAUGGAGUAUAGACUACCCAUAUCUAAUUUUUGUUACAUAUGUGCACGCACAUGUGGGCUCGUUUGUGGUAUUGCUCAUACUUCGGCAAGAAUGUUACCUGUUGUUCUUGCUGUUCUGUUACAGUACCUGUGGACUGAUGUCCAGUGUUGUAGGUCUUCAGAUGGAUCUAUCAAUCGUGUGGUGGAGGAAGUCCAGCAGGGGCGACCUGAGAACACAUGAGCACCAAAGGAUUGCAACCUCGCCGGAACCCUAAGCUAAAUCACCCACAAAGCGGUAAUCUGGUUUCGAAAGGUGCAGAUGCCUGAUCCAUGUGGUCUCAGGUCGCUCCUGUGGGACUUCACCACCUAUUAUUACACUUGUUUUUUCUAAUCUCAGGAUGAUGUGAUAAAUGGUUUUGGUGAUCAUUACCAAGGCUUCUGGGUAUUGAAUUUAUAGUGCAACCAGGAAGUACUCCAAUGUACUGCACUCUAUGAUAUGGUACUAGAUUGGGGAGUUUUAGGAGCCAUCUUUCGAGUUUUGUACUUUGUACUAUUACUGAUGAUAUUGUACUAGCUUUUGUAGUUGUACAAGUCAUUUUUCAGUUUGUACUAUAACUAAUGAAAUGUACUCCCUUUGUUUAUA